AUGUGUCAGUCACGCGGAUAUGUGCAGGUGAUAGACGAGGAAGAAGAAGAGGAGAAAACUGAUGAAGUUUUUCUCGGUGCAUUUGGUUCCAAUACUCCUAAAGUGAAAGACUAUCACUAUGCUGAGGUCAUGGUUGAUGGUGUUAAGGUCUCACUGAAAGCCGACACUGGGGCUGAUGUUACAGUUAUAUCAAAGGUAUGUUUUGAUACGAACUUUCCACGAAGACAUCUCACUCCACCGGACCGUGUCCUCAAAGGUUUGCAGAACAAACUAACCAUGGAUGGAUACUUUAAGGCAACAUUGAAAUGGAAGCAGAAAUCACUGGUUGAAAAGGUGUAUGUAUUGACGGAUACCUCACAUCUUCUGUUGAGUUGCAAGGCAAGUGAGUACUUGGGCAUUCUUGCCUUCUGUGGAACUUUGACCAUGGACGGUGUGACAAAGGAAUUCCCAGAGUUAUUCACUGGGCUCGGAAAACUGGCACAGGAAUAUGAGAUCAAAGUUCAGCCUGAUGCCCAUCCGUAUGCAGUCACCUUUCCAAGACGAGUUCCUAUCCCUAUCCAACUUCAGGUCAAGACUCAACUGGAUAAGCUGGAAGGUAUGGGAGUCAUCUGGAAAGUGGAGGAGCCAACAGACUGGUGUGCUCCGAUGAUUGUGGUUCCAAAAUCAAACGGUGAUGUCAGGAUCCGUGUAGAUCUCAGGCAGCUCAAUCUGUCGGUGUCCAGAGAACGACAUAUGUUUCCAACUGUGGAUCAUACACUCGGACAGUUGGCCAAUGCAAAAGUCUUCACAAAGAUUGAUGCAAACUCUGGAUUUCAUCAAAUUAAGCUUACAGAAAAUUCUGCUCUGUUGACUACUUUCAUCACACCAUUUGGCAGGUACUGCUACACCAGGUUACCUUUUGGGAUCACCUCGGCACCAGAGUACUUCCAGAAACAAGUCUCAAGCCUCCUCGAUGGUCAGGAAGCUCUCAGAGAAGCAGGAUUCACUCUCAACAAGAACAAAUGUGAAUUUGGAAAGUCACAAGUACAGUUUCUGGGACAGACUGUCAGCGACAAAGGUAUCCAGCUCAGUAUGGACAAGGUCGCUGCUGUCAAAGACAUGCAAGAACCUAAGAAUUUUGCUGACGUUCGCCGAUUCUUAGAACACAAGGAAGGUUGGCGUCCAGUGGUGUAUGCAUCACACUCCCUCUCAGACACAGAGACAAGGUACGCUCACAUAGAGAAAGAGGCCCUAGCUCUGACAUGGGCAUGUGAAAGGUUUCAAGAUUACCUCGUUGGUAUUCAGGUUGUCCUCGAGACGGAUCACAAGCCUUUGAUCCCUCUCCUUGGGAUGAAGGAUCUUGAUCACUUGCCACCAGCUCCAAUGGACUCACCAAAGGCCUCGGACAUGGCACUGGAGCAAGACGCUGAAGUCUACAUCAAUCAAGUUGCUGCAGCUUUCCCAGCUUCAGAUAAGAAACUAGAAGAGAUUAAACUCUACCAGCAAGAAGAUGAGGUGUGCAGAGAAAUCACGAGGUACUGUACACAAGAAAACAACAAUCCUCCUGAACCUCUGAUUGCAUCAGAACUCCCAGACAGGCCGUGGGAAAGAGUAGCUUCUGAUCUGUUCGAGAUCAGAAGAUCUCAUUAUGUGCUUGUAGUGGACUACUUCUCAAGGUUUAUAGAAAUAUCCAAGCUCUCGUCCACUACUUCCAAAGAUGUGAUCAACAGUUUGAAGAGCAUCUUCGCAAGACACGGUAUUCCACAGGUGAUGAUAUCAGAUAAUGGGCCUCAAUAUGCCUCUGAGGAAUUUGCAAGAUUCAGCAGAGAAUAUGGUUUCUCUCAUGAUUUGGUGGAAACUCAGCAAAAGACUGAAGCUCUCACCAACAUCAAUAUUGAAGGAAAACUCACUACAUCAGUGGAAGAAACUGCCUGUGUUCUGCAAGCGUCUCCACAUUGUGACACUGGACAGCUGCUGCUUUUGCCGUGUCUCCAUGCCGCUUGUAAACCUUGCAUUGACCAGCACAACCAGAAGGACAUUGUCUGUUCUUGUGGGCGAGACAUCAACUUGGAGAAGGAACAUACAGCAGUCGACUUCGUGAGAGGAAAUGAAAUCGCUUUUGCAACAGAUGACAAGAGCAACUUCAUAACAUGCUGUAGCAUUGGCUGA